AUGGGGGCUCGGCAGCUGAAGAGGGACGUUGAGGCUCUCAUUGGUGAUUACAUCGGACACAAACUCAGAGAGAAUUCAUUUGAUCCGAAGGGGAAGGGGACGUCCACGAUGCUGGAUGACCUGGCUCACUAUGAUCUUGCAAUCAGUGUCGCCCUCUGGUGGUUGGACAAGGAAGAAGGAAGGGACGUGCUCCACAGUGACAUCAUUGGAGCAACAUUCAGCUCAGGAAGUUCCAAGUAUCCUAAUCGCUUGGAGCGCGAGGCGAUGAUCCUGUCAUCGUUUGCUGGGAUUAUUAUGAGUAGUCUGCCUGUGGAGGAAAUCUUGGAUCUGUACAAGUGUAAACCAGCAGCGUUGUAUCCUAACCAGCAAUCCAAGGGUUCAAUCGUCUGUCCCUUUACUCUCUCGUACCAUCCGUUCGCCAUGCUGGGUUCUUACAAGGCAGUGAGCCACUCCAAGAAGCACA